AUGACAAUGACAAUAUAUCAAAAUUGUAGUAACUACGAACCAUGUAUUUCUCUUCUACAACGUAUGUCAAAUGUCGAAUAUUUAACAUUAUUAUUAGCUAUAGAUGAAGAUAGUACUACACUCAAUCAUUUUAUUGAUGGAUUUGUCUUAGAGAAAAAUAUUCUUCCAUACAUGUCUCAUUUACGUCAAUUUAGUUUUCAUAUUCGUUCAAUGUUAAAAAAUGCUUCUCAUAUAACAAUUGAUCAAAUUCGUCAAAGCUUUCUUCGACAACAACAACCAUUUGAUUGUGUACUUGAUCAUUUCAAUAAUAAUUCUGGACAAUGUCAAAUCUAUUCACUUCCAUUUAUCGGUACUCGUCUUGAUUUUGUCUCAAAUCGAUUUCCACUCUUUGAUAUUAAUAAGACGUUCUCAAAUGUUACUACUCUAUUACUUUUUGAUGAUGUCAAACCUUUCGAAAGUAUUUUCUUUGAACAUGUUGCUCGAGCUUUGCCUCGACUUAAAACACUCGAAAUAAUUAAUCAACUCGAACAACGAGAAAAAACAACAACGAUGAAAACUAAUAUUAACUUUGCUCAUUUAGCUGUACUUAUUUUAUACGAUAUUCAUAUAGAUUAUGCUAAACAAUUUCUUUGUCAAAUGGAUCUUUCAUCCCUAAUCGAACUCGCUAUUAACAAGGAUAUUUUGUUAACAAUAGUCGCUCAAAAUCAUCCACAAGCAAGAGACAACUGUUCUAGAGUGGAAACAUUACUAACAUCCAAGCAAUUAGAUGAUUCAAUAGAUCCUAUUCAAAACUUUUUUCCACUAGCUUAG